UCCAUAGGAGAGGAGACAGACAAACGUCCCCAACUCUCUCUCUCUCUCUCUCUCUCUCUCUAAUUCUUCUCCUCUUCUUCUUUAUCAUAACUCUCCCUCUCUCUCUUAAAUUUAGGAGAUAAUAAAACCAGUUUCGUUUGGGUUGGGUUCUUUCUCUUGCUUUGCUUGCUUCAGUUAAUUCUGUUCCCAAAUCUAUCUAUCUAUCUAUCAAUUAAACACCUUUCGCAUCGCUCCCCCGCUGGAUUAAUAAUACCAAAGCAUCUUCAACUACCAAAACAGACAAAAAAAAAAAAGAAGCAGCCCAGAAUUCUUCAUUAAAAUCUCCUCUGCCGAAUUCCUUUUUCUCCCUCCCCAUCAUCUCAUCGUUCAGCUCAGCAUGUCCUAUGAUUGAGAUCUACGAGAUAGAGACUCCUGUUCUUCAAAGAGCGAGUGAAACAAAAACCUCCAUUUCUCGUGUCGUGGUCGAUCGAGGCGAGGGGCUCCGCUAGCUAUCUCAUCUGCAAAAGGAAAAUGACUGAACCUCCGGUUCAGACAGUCCUCCAGAAACCGCCAGGCUACAGGGACCCCGAUGCUCCGGUUCAGAAGCCUCUCCCCAAGCCCCCGCAGCGGCAGUCCAUCCCUCCCUCAAUGUACCCCAAGAAUAAGAAUAAGAAUAAUAAGAAGAAGACGAGGCGGAGCUGCUGCCGCACGUGCUGUUGCUGCUUCUGCAUCUUCAUUCUCGUCCUAAUCUUGCUAAUAUCGGCGGCCGGAGCAAUCUUCUACCUCUGGUUUGACCCCAAGAUCCCUGUCUUCCACUUCCGGUCGUUCCAGGUGCCCCAGUUCAACGUGACCAUCAAGUCCGACGGGACCUACCUCGACACCAAGACGGUGGCCCGUGUUGAGGUCAAGAACCCGAACCAGAAGCUGGGGCUGUACUAUGGGGACAUGCACGUGGUAGUGAAAGUCGGAGAAGGGGAGGACGAGACCGAGCUGGGAAGAUCGACAGUGCUGGCGUUCUCACAGGGGAAGCGGAAUGUGACGAGCCUGAACGUGGAGACAGAGGGGAAGAAGCUGCAGGUGGCUGAUGGGGUGGGGCCGAGGCUCAAGUCCGGGUUCAAGAACAGAGGCCUGGCUGUGAAGGUGGAUGUACGGACAAGGGUGGGAGUGAAGGUGGAGGGAUGGAAGAUAGGGAUGGUGGGCGUGAACGUGAGAUGCGGCGACACCUCCCUCAAGGGUCUUCAGGGCGGCGAAAUGCCCAAGUGCGCCAUUAACUUGCUCAAAUGGAUUAACAUUCGUUGAAUCGUCGGGGCCAUGCGGUGCGGAAACCGGUUGCUUGAAGAAGAUCUACCUGCAUGGGUCAGUUCAGAAGAAGAGUAAAUACUUCUGUAAACACAUCGGAUUUGCAGCUAUAUAUUUCUGAACGUUAUUCUAGUCACAUCCAAAAUCCAUAUGGUUUGCUUAUAAUCCUUUUUCUUUUUUCUUAUAUUCAUAUUCAUAUUUAUAGAAAUAGAUAUAUAACAGAAAGAGAAGGGAAUCUUUAACAAUUGAAUGUUCUCGUCUACAUGUACUCUUUUUUUUUUUUCAUGUGAACCAUAAUAUUCGAAAGUUUAAUUAGGU